AUGGAAUGUGGCUAUUCUCGGGAACUUUUUCUGGAUUGGUGCAGUGACAGUAGAAAUUCGUUUAUUAUCACAGGUCGCUCAAGUGAACGCACCCUUUGCUCAAAACUGAUCUACAUGGCUGAGUGUUUGGCGACGAAUGCAAGGACGAAUCGAAUUGUUGCACUGGAAGUCAAGAAAAGAGUACGGUUGGAAGGAGCAGAGCUGGAAGCGUACAAGAAGAAGAAAAUGCAAAAAGACAAGGAGGAAGCACGACGAAGGCUGGAAGAGCAAGAGAAGCGUCAGGCAGAAUUGCGUGGUUUUGACUCGGAUGACGACGAUGAGAUCAUGGCCAGCGCGCUGGUGGCUGUUGAAGCGUUGUGCACGAAGAAGAAACGUGAAGAAGAACAGCAAGCAGCCGCUGCGGCUGCUCGGGAAAAUGGAGGUCCAUCGCCGGCCAUCACUUCCACUCCAAUGAUCGUUGAUCCGGCGCCGAUGAAAGAGGCCAUGUCUGAAGUCGAACCAGAAGACGACUCUUUUGCAAUCCCUGGUUUGACUGUGGCGAGGGCUAGAGCACCGGAACAUCUUAGCGACGCACCAGCCUUUGUACCAUCUGGUCCUGCUUUUCCCACGAGGAAGAGGCGUCCGGUCAGGCAUAACAUCACCAUGCAGGCUAUGAUGCGAUACAGGAUGCCAUUCUUCAAAAGGUUUAUGCCAAUUCUGCUACCGAUGUAUCCCGUUCUGGAGGAGAAAGUUAAGUGGGACGUCUAUGGUGAAAAGUAUAGACCUGAAGAUUACACAGUGUCAAAACUACGAGUUCAUCUACCUGUUCCACAAGAGAUCAUCAAAGAAGCAGAUGAUCCAACAGCAAAUAUGGUGGUGCCGAUAGCGGAUGAUGCGCCCACAAAGUGUAUCACGGUCAUAGAAAAGAUUGAGGUCAGCUGUAAUGUGGAGUACAUUGAGUUUGAAGGCCGAUCGGAUGGUGAGUCAACGAAGAAGCUCAUCGCUCAGAUGAAGCCAAAGCAGCUGAUUAUUGUCCACGGUUCGGCGCAAGCAACACGGCAUCUUGCUCAAUACUGCUACGAUAACAAUAUUGCGCAGGGUCACAUCUUCGCGCCUUCGGUUGGUGAGGUUGUUGAUGCCACCGUAGCCUCUCAUAUCUAUCGAAUAUUGUUGAGCGACGAGCUGUUCGAAAGCUUAGAAUUUAUUAAGGUGAAGGACGCAGAUUUGGCCUGGAUUGAUGCUCAAAUAACUUCCAGACCGUCGGAGAUAGGAGUAGAGAGAGAAAACGGUUUCGACUCAGAUGUACAGCCGUUGGAGACCGAUCAACAUAUUGACAAGUGUAUGUUGAGUGCCUUAAGUGGCGAUGCGCCGUUCCGUGAUGUGGUCUACGUGAAUGAUCCCAAACUUUCCGAAAUGAAGCAACUGCUGAUCAACAUGGGUUACUCAGCUGAGUUUUCGUCAGGAGUUCUGUAUAUAGGAGGUGAGUCAUUACAUUGUUUGAAUUACCAUUUUAUUCAUAAGAUUUGC